CACUCUCUCUCUCUCUCUCUCUCUCUCUUGAAUUGGGCUAUAAAAAGCCUCCAACUCCGAUUGUUCCCCUCAGGCAUUGUCUCAAUCCCACAACCCCUACUCCUCUCACUUUAUUGUUCUCUGCUCAGAAAAAAUUUGAAUCUCACACCAACAAAUCCACGGAUUCAAAAUACCAAAACAAUGGCUCCGAGGGACAGAGCCACCGCACUCACCGGACCCAAUCCACCUCCCCAUAACGCCAAAGAGAUCCGUUACAGAGGCGUAAGAAAGCGUCCAUGGGGGCGUUACGCCGCCGAGAUCCGCGACCCAGGCAAGAAAACCCGCGUCUGGCUCGGCACCUUCGACACCGCCGAAGAAGCCGCUCGUGCUUAUGACGCCGCGGCGCGUGAGUUUCGCGGCGCAAAGGCCAAGACUAAUUUUCCCACACCCUCUGAACUCAUAAACAACAACGCGCGAAGCCCAAGCCAGAGCAGCACGCUCGACUCCUCCUCUCCGCCGCCGCCGCCGCUCGACCUCACCCUCACUCCGCUCUCCGCCGCUGGCGUCGGCGCCUUGGCGUUCCCGGUGGCGCGUCCUGUGUUUUUCUUUGAUGCGUUUGCGCGUGCGGAUUCCGUAACCGGCGUGGCACGCCGUGAGAUGUGUGGGCUCGAACGCCCGGUGGCUGAUUUCCGUCGAGCCGCCGCCUCCGCCGCAGCGCAGAGCGAUUCUGAUUCUUCCUCCGUCGUGGACUACGACUGCGUUCCGCGUCGAGGACUUUUAGAUCUUGACCUGAACGUUCCUCCUCCGCCGGAGGUUGCUUGAUCUUGGGGCGUUUGGAAACAAAGAUCUGUUUUUUCGGAAAUUUUCGCAGUUUUUAAAGCAUCUCGCAAGUACCCAUUUUGAGAAAAAGGAGUCGCCCUCCGAGAACAUAGAUAUUACGAAGAGGGCGCAAAGUGAGUAGCUGACAUGAUGUUUGGAUUUGUUGACCAUUAUGAUAACGAUGAUGAUGAUAACCGGCACGUUUUUGUAAAUACGUUAUAACCAAAAGCAAGUUUGUUUGCUCUUUUUGCAACUGGGAACUUAUUCGGAGUAUCUCAUGGUUGUUUCUGCAAUUUCUGAGGACUUAUAUAAUAUAAAAUGGCAUUUUUAUCAUGUUAAUCUGAUUCUCUUUUUUAAGCUAUAGGUAAGAGAUGUAUGCAUUAGGACUCAAUAUUAACAUAAUGCGAUUGUAUGGUACCCAUCCUUAUCCAUUUACAUAAGGGGUUUGAAGGCUUUUUUCACAUUUUAGAUUAAUAAUGAAACGUGUGUAAGCUAUACAUCU